AUGUUUGAAGCGAAAAUCUCACCAUUAGGUAAGAAUUCUACAGUGAAUUUUUGUGAGAGCCAACUCAUAGCAUUUACAGGUUCUAAUUUGGCUGGGAAAAGUAACUUGACAUUAAAGGAUACCUCAGUGGUGAAUCAAGCUGAAAAGUUGCAAUUCGUUAAUGUUGAACUGAGUGUUCCACCUUAUGCAACAGCGACUUAUACUAUCCUGAUAACUAUUACUGGUAAACUAAAGACGGAACCAUGUUCCGUGGAUUACUUGUUAACAGAAAAUAAUUCAACUAAGAACGUCUCUAAAACUCCUGUAGUUACUAUUGAAAAAGUCGAACCACGAAAUUCACAACCAACAGUAAACUUUAGUACAAUUGUAGAAGUUCGAGUGAAAUUCAUUGAAGACUUUGUCUACAUGCCGAUAACUUUUCAACUACAAGUAAAUUCAAAUGAAGCAAUUAUAAUCAGGCAGAGUAUUCAAACAAUUGGAUAUCUAUUAAAAGCUGUAGCACUUGUGGGCUAUGACUUUUCUGUUAAACCUUAUGUGAGAGUGGAUUACGGCCCAUUAUGCACUAUUAAUCGAAUUUUUUAUUGCACGCUAUUUAAACAUACUCUUUAUGUAAUGGGAGAUUGCAAUGCGACAACGACAAUAAACUACGCUUUCCCAACAUUUGUUAAUAUCAGUGGGAGUACAAAAAAUUUUACCGCCCAGACUUUGGUAUUGAGUCCAAUACCAAGUUUCCCAAUAUACACCGACAUUAUGAUUGAAGUAAGUCCAUCUAGUGUAACGCUGCAGCCAGGUACGGUAAGUGUACCCAUAAUGCGAAACACUCUGAGUCUUUCAGUGGAUAUCCAGUUGAGUGAUAGUAAAAUUGUAGAAAACGGAACUGUUUGGCCGUUGCAAAUCACUGGUCGAUUCAAUGCUGUCACUAAUAUUAGCAAAGUAUCUGUGAGUUGUGUAAGAACUGGGUCAGAAAAACCAUCAAUUCACGUUGUACUAUCUCAACUGUCAUCGUUCACAUUCAGUGAUUAUCCUGAUAGAGAUGUGGUGUAUCUUCAGACAACCGUUCAAAUGAUGAAUGGUACCGGAUUGGAAUGUGAAAGACAAUCGAUAAUUUUCUAUCUCAGUCCAGAAAUAAAAUCAAUCAGUUUAGUUAAUCAAACAGGCAACAUAGAUAAUGUAACAUUGAAAACUCCUUUAAACCCAGUAACUAAAUCAGUUCAGUUCAUAGCAGGACGUUUAUAUUUCGGUGCAAAGUAUGAAGUCAUCUUUAGUCUGAAAUUUAAUCCAUCUCUUAGUACAACCAUUGUGAAAUAUCCAAUUCUAGUCGAAAUUGUGUGCAAACCCUAUGAACGUGGUAGUCCCGUAGUGAAUAGCUGCGCAAAACAAAAGUUUUACAAGUUCAAAUCUCAUCUGCGUGUUCAACUUGACCACACUUAUCCUUACAACUUACCUCAUUACGUUGCAAUGCGGAACCCUUUGGUACAGUUGCCCGACCGUCAAGCAAAUACAUUUCUAAAUGUUGGUGAUCUUUUGUUUUAUUGUGCACGUGCGUUUAGUAUAAAGGGUUCAUUAGAUUUGGUGAGACGAUGUUUCAAGAUUAGUAAAUUGCCUUAA